AUGCCCAGUUCCAGGGCCGCACGCGGAGUUCUUUUGGGUACAGUUAUUGGCUUGGCAUUGGCAGGACUUUUUAUUGUGUGGAGCGACAAAUACACUCACAUAAAGUAUCAGUCAGGACCCUUGGCGAGCUCUGGUAUGGAAGAUAGAAUCACUGUUCCAAUGAUUAUCGCCUGAAAUUUUAUCUCCCAUCUGUGCUAAAAGAUUCUUUAGUUAGCCAUUCAUUGCAUGAAAAUCGUUUCUAUCGUCUAAAAAAAUUGAGGUAUAGCCUGAACAAAAGUGGACUAAUUUUGCCAGUCACCUUUAGAAUAGCGUACUUUUGUUUGUGGAAAGUUGUUAGUACAUCAACUUGACAUAUUCAUUCAAAUAUCUGCCACAUGUCAGAAAUGUACCACAUUCAGUCAUUGUACAGAAUGUCUGUCUCAGUCUCUGUACAUUGCUCUUGAUAAGAAACGCCGUCGUGUUAACUGCAAUGCUGUUAAUAUAUUGUCUUGUUAACAGCUAACUUGAGAGCUUACUUUUUCUGUGAUAAACACUUACUGUCGCUAAGACUAUCGCCAUAGUUCACCUUCGAUUUUGUUUUCUUUACCCGCUGAUCGCCCUGUCAUCAUAUUCAUUCAAAGGACAGUUAUUAUGGUAUGGAGAUCGUGAUAUCACGUCACUAAAACCGUCAACGGAAAAUGAAAAGGAUGAAUUCGGAAGGGAGAAAUUGGAAACACAGCAAACUACGGGAGAAACAAGAAUAGACGGUAAGGAGUUGUUCAGGCAUUUUCCUUUACCAAAUUUGUCUUUGUUCCUGUCUUCCUGGCCGAAAAUUGAGUAUAUUUUAGCUGAUGUGGUUAGAGCAACUACGACAUUCAUGCUUUUUAAUUUAUUUGUGAGCAUAAUUCGUAGAUGUUGCUCAGUAAAUUUGUGUGAAAUGAAAUCCACGUACUCGGGAAUUAAUGAAUUUUAAAAAACAGAGAGCCCUCGGCCGCGUAGCAGGCCAAAUUUUGCGCUCAAAAAUUUCGAUUAUUUUCUAACGUUUUUGUUGUGUUGAACGCUAACGCAUCGAGGAAUAGCUAUUGAACUGCCCAGAAAGACGAAGUAGGCUACCAUAAAACGAUCCAAAACGCGAGUGGCGAAAUGGAGAAAACAUUUUACUGAGCGAGUCAGGAAGUAAGAGGAGGCUGGAAUAUCAAUUGCGAUGUCUAUCACUGCAAACUUUCUGGCUAAGUAGCUGGUAUCGCAGUCUGCAGUCACCUGGUCGUUGAGAGUGAAAUAACUACAGUUUAGUCAUUCAUACCACCGUUAAAGCGGUUCCAUGUCCCUUGGUACUUUGCGUAUGAAACGAGUUUUUUACUUUCUUUGGUUGGGUCUUUGCUCAUUUUCAGGACGCGUAAAAAAAGAAAGAUUAUAUCGUGUGUUCAGCGAGACGAUGUCUAGAUUCAAGAGGGACUUAAAAAUACUGUUAUCGUAGUGUCAGGGGAAGAAAACAUUGGCAAAUGACAUAAUAUGACAUGAAUAAUGUCGCAAGUAUUUCCAUUAGUCAGGAAAGCUUUUGAAUUGGAAAUUGCAGCUGGCUCAUAAAAUUUUACACAACUUUUCAAGUUUGUGAUCGCAAGAAGUUGCUUACUUUUUACUGAUAUACGUUACCAAUUCAUAUUAAAGAUCCAGGUCACAAUGCAGAUCAUCCAGUUUCAACAAAUGACUUGUACAAAGCUUAUGGUCACGUGCACACCAUCGUGUUUUUCAUUGGUUAUCCACGUAGUCGUCACAGUCUUCUAGGCUCGCUAAUGGAUGCCCAUCCGCGCAUGGUUGUAUCUGACGAAAGAAUGGCUUUCAACGCAUGGAGAAGAAGUUCUGGCUCAUUCAUCGACAGCUCAAUAUACAAAUUUUAUGAUAUUAUGUUCCACGCUUCAGAGAAAUCAGUUUCCUCGGGAAGGCGGUCAAGAACCUUCGAAGGAAAUGUCACGAACAAGGCUUCAAGAUAUGGAUAUAUGGUACCAAACCAGUGGCAAGGAAGAUUUGAUCAAUACAUUGAGGUAAGCCACGGAACCUAAAAUCUACCUGAUGUAACUCAAAUUCUGUCUUAAUCCCUAUCUUAGACGCCAUAAUUAAUAUCAUUGACAACUAGGUCUAGUUCAAACGUCGAACUUCACUUGGCUAAACUGAGAGAAGUAAGUACAUCUUAAGUUUCGACGUUAGAAUCAGUUUAAUUCUUCCAACUGAACUUUGGAUUGACCAACACUUUUCGCUUAGGAUGGAUAAAACGUGUGAAGAUCGACUGUGGGACAAACCUCGAUCUUUUUCAUGAAACAAACUUAAUUCAAAACCUUAUUUGAAAUCCUGCUGAUCGAGAUAUUCGUUUUUGCGGCUCUAAAUUGGGUUCAAAGAAUUGUGUUCGAUGGUCGAACUUAACCCGGCAGUUAGGGUUUGACCAAAAUUGCCAUAGAGUUCGUCUCAAGAGGAGUUCGACGUCUGUACUGGGCCUCAGAGAUGAUUAAACUGGUUCCUUAGUAGACUAGCUCUGAUCCUUUUCCAAGCGGGGUUGACCAACUUGUUUAUCUCUCUGCCUAUAUGCGCAAUUUUUUCCUCAUCGCGCAGAAUGCUGCCACACAUCCGGGUACUUUUUUAGUCCACCGGCGGUAACUUUGAACGGUCUUCCGAGAAAAGAGAGCGGAACAAUGCCUAUAAAAUGACUAUAAAUGCCUACUUGCGCCUAGUGAUAUGCAUUUCAUCCAGAACUCUAUCAAGUUUCCUUUUCCGUACUAAGGUGAUUGGAGACAAAGCAGGUGCAUUUACGGCCUCCGCAAUGCUUAACGACGAUGCUAUUGACGCUGUACGCCUGUUAGAGAAAACUGCCGCUGCUAAGGUGAAGUUCAUUCAUGUCGUAAGAAAUCCAUUUGACAAUAUUGCGACCAUGGUUCUACAGCAUAGAAAAAUCAAACAGCGUGAAGGGAGCCACGAAGUCAAGGUGUGA